UUUAACUUCACCUCUUACUGAGACACGCAAGCUGCUCCUCUGCUCCUGUCUCCUCCUCGCUCCUCGGUCGGUGUAAAACAGGAGUUUUUGACUGUGUUUUUUUGUUUUUUUUUAUUUGUUCAACGGGAGGAUUUCUCCCUGACCCCGGCUCUGACCUCGGCUCUCCCCUCGGCUCUCGCCGCCAUGGGCUCCGUGCUGCCCGGCUCCUCUCUGGGCCUGAAGCCGGGCUUCAAGCCUCCGCUGUCCCUCGCGGACAUCAUCACCUCGGACAUCCUGCACAGCUUCCUGUACGGGCGCUGGAGGCACGUGCUGGGCGAGCAGCAGCACCACCCGCACCAGCAUCACCUGCAGCACGAGGACCGCACCGCCCCGAGCGCGAGCCCCAAGACCGCGUUCACCGCCGAGGUGCUCGCGCAGUCCUUCUCCGGAGAGGUGCAGAAGCUGUCCAGCCUGGUGCUGCCCAGUGAGGUGAUCAUCGCCCAGAGCUCAGUCCCAGGAGAAGGUCUGGGCAUUUUCUCCAAAACCUGGAUCAAAGCGGGGACAGAGAUGGGUCCGUUCACCGGACGCCUGGUGUCACCUGAACACAUCGACCUGUACAAGAACAACAACCUGAUGUGGGAGGUGUUUAAUGAGGACGGCACAGUCAGGUAUUUUAUCGAUGCGAGUCAGGAGGACCAGAGGAGCUGGAUGACUUACAUCAAGUGUGCCCGGAAUGAGCAGGAGCAAAACCUGGAGGUGGUGCAGAUCGGCAGCAGCAUCUUCUACAAGGCCGUGGAGACCAUCCCUCCCGACCAGGAGCUGCUCGUCUGGUACGGAAACUCUCACAACACAUUCCUGGGAAUCCCUGGAAUUCCUGGAGGAGAGGACGAACAGAGCAAGAAGACCAAGAGCGAUGAUUUCCACACCUGUGAAGGCUCCACCUCCACGACCUCCACUUCUUCCACCAGUCUUGGGCGCAUGCGAUGUGUUAUCUGCCACCGCGGCUUCAACUCCCGCAGCAACCUGCGCUCGCACAUGCGCAUCCACACUCUGGACAAGCCCUUCGUCUGUCGCUUCUGCAACCGGCGCUUCAGCCAGUCAUCCACACUGAGGAACCACGUCCGGCUGCACACCGGAGAGCGCCCUUACAAGUGCCACGUCUGCCAGUCCGCGUACUCGCAGCUGGCUGGUUUGCGGGCGCACCAGAAGAGCGCCAGGCACCGCCCCACGGGGGACAGCGCCGCCCCAGGAGGAGGUGUACUGGUGGUUGGAGGCGGAGGCGGAGGUGGGGUGCACUCGACGCACUCGCCGCCUCCUCCUCACCCUCCCCAGCUGACCGCCGUGCCUCACCCAGCGUCGCUGGUUCACCACAUACCCACCAUGGUGCUGUGAUGGGGCGACAGCGAGAGGAGACGAGCUGAAAUAACUGACGCGCACAUGGACACGUUUCAGGCUGGAAAUAAGACAGGAACCUGCUCACGUCUCAUCAACCAAUCACAGAGAGAUGUUUCCAACCAACCACUAGAGGGCGCCAUCGUCUUCUGCAGAAACAGCAACAAUAAGAAAAAGCAAAGCUUCGUCAUUAAACUCACCUCUGGCAACAAACAAACGUCCUCCUCCAAACAGCUCCAUCACCCAACCCAGGGCACUUCCUGUGAGGGGGGGGCGCUGUUACGUGCAUGGAAACGAGUUUUAGCCGACAUAUGACCCUCCGCCCCCCGUACCCCACACACUGGUACAGUUUGUUCUGAAUGCGCUGCUUCGUGAGGACAAGCUGAAACAAAAGAUGCAGGCUCCUGUUGCAUGACCAGUCGUGUUCGGUCCUUCAUGUAUGUUUGAAUCUGUGUCUGUGAGCUUACGUGUGCCGUGCUUUGGUCUGCAUGCUCCAGCUUCUGUGUUAAAGGAUGUCAUGUAUGUGUGAAAACAAGAAGAAGAUGCUAAAGUCGCCAAGUCUUUCAACACUCAGACUUCUUCAGAGGACAACACUGAGUUUCUGGUAGACAGCCCACCUGGUCAGUUUGUCCAGGUGUGGUCAUAGUGAAAAGAAAGUACAGGACAUAUCAGCUGCUUAACUGGUUUCAAAAUGAUUUAAAUCUGAUGAACAACAACACAGUCUGUGAAAUCCUAAGUCCACCCUUUGUUUGGAUGGAAGGGUUACUAGUGAAAGCCUCUUCUCAGUUUAGGUUGCCAAACCCCACCAACACCUCGUACCAACUGUCAGCACGGUGGCUCGCUGAAUGAACCAUGAACUCCUCUGUAUGCCAAAGUAUUCACAUGUGAGGCCGUCUGUCUCACAGCUAAAGCUUGGACCAAACCGGACAUUGAUUACAAGCACAGCAGGAAACCUGCAGCAGAACGGCUGGAAAAAAAAAAGAAUGAAGCUGCUGCAGCGGUCCAGUCAAAGUCCAGACCUCAGAGAGCUGUGCAUGAAUGAAUGCUGGUUUUACUUACCGCUGAAGCGUGGGGUGGACUCAGUUUUUCACAGGACUGCAUGCUGUGCCUGAAUACUAAUUCAGUAGUAAUGUGUUAGUUUGUUGAGUUAAUUAUAAAAUAACUAUUUGUGACUACAUUCAUCUAUUAUCAGAGCAACUUUAUUGACACUUUAGCCUUGUUAUGCAGCAUUAGCCACCACGCUAGCACUUUAGCUUACACGUUAUGUAUUUAAUUUAAAAAAGCUCAAAUGAAAAUUUUAAAUGUAGAGCAUUAUUUUACUUUCACUCUAAAAGUUUUAGUUUUAAACACUUUAAGCUUAAAUGGUACCUGCUAGCCUAACAAAGCGUGGUAGUUACAGAUAGUUUCAUACAAAUGUAUUAGCCUGCUAAGGCAAAUUAGCAGGCUAAUGAAUACAUUCAUGUAUUUUAUCUCAUGCUCACCACUGAAGAAGGAAGUUGUGUUUUGAUAUUUGGUGCAGCGUUAGCUGCAUGCUAACAUGUUAGCUACAAACACAUCACUGACCAACAAAUCAGUCUGCUAAAAAGUCAUUAAAUCCCUCUGAAGAAGUUAACCACUUAUUAGAGUAAGUAGAGUCUGAAAUUUAGCAUGUUUUACUGUUUUUUCAUUAUUAAUGCUGAUAAUGUUUUAGCUGUGAUGCUAACUAAUUAGCAGGCCUAAACGGGCUAACAGAUAUGUUUGAUAGAAAAAAAGAGAACUGUAAUUUUUUCUCUUCCCCACUUUUUACCCUGAGGCCUGAUUUGUGUAUAUGAUGCUCAGAAUGAUGACAAGAGACACUAAUAACUGACUGAGCCUGUUAACUGACAACUAGCUGUCAGGCCUUAUUUCCUGCUGUGUAAAUUAGCAUCGUCAAAGAUAAGAAUGUGAAUAUAAACAUGAGAUAUGCCCAGAACAUAAUUCUAUUGUCACUUUAUCUCUGUAUAUGUAUAUGUAGAAGGUCAUAUAUGGCACAUGUAUUGGUAAUGAAGUAUGUUGACUUCUAAAAGGGACACUGUAUUUGAGCCUAUAUACUCUUAAUAAAG